AUGGCAUCGACUCUCAUCGAGCAAAUUCGAUCCAAUCAUGAGGAGAUUGAAAGAUUGGAGCGAGUGGUUGUGGAAGAUCUACAGACACAAUCUUCUUCGAAGAAGCAAAGAUUGGCACAUGGCCACCGUGUCCGCAACAUGGUUCAUUCUAUCAUGCGUUCCAUCGAUAACCUCGUUGAAAGUUAUGAAGAUAAGGAUGGAGCUUUGGAAAGUGAGGUGGCAUGGCUUGGUGGGGAGACUGUGACAGGGAUCAAUGUGUUUAGUGUGUUUUAUAAUCGUUUGAAAGAGAUACGUGAGUAUCAUAGAAAGUAUCCUUCUAGACCUCUUGUUGAUGCCAGUGCAGACUAUGAAGCUCUUCUGAAGGUGGAACCAGUUAUUUCCUUCAGCGGAGAGGCGCUGGGAGCUUUGGGACUGAAAGUUGGUGGUACUCUGCAGCAGCGUGCCGAGAGACUCUUCCUAACAAAGCAUACGCAUCUGGAAAUGCUGGAUAAGAAACAUUUCACCAAACCUUCGCUCAAAAGGAAACGAAAUGGAGAUGCCAAAGCAACGACACAGGUGCCAAACAAUGCUAAACAUAUUGCAUUAACAGAGGCCAAAGUAAAGAAACUCUGCAACUUACUCGAUGAGACAAUCGGAAGGACUAAGGAAAACGUUGUAAAGAGGCAGGGCUUGACGUGUGAAGAGAUGGAGGAAGAACGCGAGGGGGAGGAGGAACGAGCAGAGAUAGAAAGUGAUGAAGAGGAGGAGAGUGGUUUUUACAAUCCACUGGAUCUGCCAAUGGGUGGGGAUGGGAAGCCUAUACCAUACUGGCUCUACAAGCUUCAUGGCCUUGGCCAGAAAUUUGGAUGCGAGAUAUGUGCAGACAAUGUCUACAAGGGGAGAAGGGCUUUUGAGAGACAUUUUAAAGAGUCUCGACACCAGAAUGGAAUGCGUCGCUUAGGAAUCCCAAACACAAAGAACUUCAACGAAAUCACUUCAAUCGAGGAAGCGAAAGAACUGUGGAAGAGGAUACAGGAGAGGCGAGGAGUUAAUGAAUGGAGGCCAGAUGUUGAAGAAGAAUAUGAAGAUGGCGACGGUAACGUUUACAACAAGAAGACUUACUCUGAUCUUCAACGUCAAGGUCUCAUCUGA